UUCUGCCCUUUCCACCUCUAGGGGGCCAUGGCCAGUACGGAGUCCUCGCUGCCCACAACCCUAGUUCCCAGCUCAGAGCCUGGCGACAGUGAGGUGGAGCUGGACUGCUUGUUUGAUGAGGAGUUCAAGUUCAUACUGUUGCCUGUGAGCUACGCACUUGUCUUUGUGCUGGGCCUAGGCCUCAAUGCCCCGACCCUCUGGCUCUUCGUCUUUCACCUCCGGCCCUGGGAUGCAACGGCCACCUACAUGUUCCACUUGGCCUUGUCAGACACUUUGUACGUGCUGUCGCUGCCCACCCUCGUCUACUAUUACGCAGCCGGCAACCACUGGCCCUUCGGCACAGGGCUGUGCAAGUUCGUCCGCUUCCUCUUCUAUUGGAACCUCUACUGCAGUGUCCUUUUCCUCACCUGCAUCAGUGUGCACCGCUACCUGGGCAUCUGCCACCCACUGCGGGCACUUCGCUGGGGCCGCCCGCGCCGUGCAGGCCUUCUCUGCCUGGCAGUUUGGUUGGUCGUAGCCAGCUGCCUCGUGCCCAAUCUGUUCUUUGUCACGACCAGCUCCAGGGGAGAUACCAUCCUAUGCCACGACACCACUCGGCCCGAGCAGUUUGACCAGUUUGUACGCUUCAGCUCAGCAAUCAUGGGGCUGUUCUUUGGCGUGCCGUGCCUGGUCACGCUUGUCUGCUAUGGGCUCAUGGCCCGGCGCCUGUACCGGCCUCUGCCAGGGGCUGCCCAGCCAUCAUCUCGUCUGCGUUCUCUCCGCACCAUUGCGGUGGUGCUGACUGUCUUUGCCGUCUGCUUCGUGCCUUUCCACAUCACCCGCACCAUUUACUACAUGGCCAGGCUGUUGGAGGCUGACUGCCAGGUGCUAAACAUUGUCAAUGUGGUCUACAAAGUGACCCGGCCUCUGGCCAGCGCCAACAGCUGCCUGGAUCCCGUGCUCUACCUGCUCACUGGGGACAAGUAUCGAAGGCAGCUCUGGCAGCUCUGCGGUGGCAGCGCGCCCCGGCCCCCCAUGGCCGCCUCCUCCCUGGCACUGGUGUCCCUGCGUGAGGAGAGCAGCUUCAGGUGGACGGCCAUCCCCGAGGACAGUGGCUGCCCUACCCCUGGGGCAAAUAGAUUGUAAUACUGGAAGCCUGGAAGGGAGAGGAAAGGGGGUGAGUGCAGGCAGAGGU